GCAGGUCUCAGAGAUGCCUGGAGACCCAGCCCUGUGCAGCGGGCGCUUCACCAUCAGCACCCUGCUGGGGGGCGAUGAGCCCCCACCGCCCGCGGCCUAUGACAGCAGCCUGCAGCCCAGCCAGCUGACACAUGGCAGCACCCUGUACCUGCGCACCUUCGGCUACAACACCAUCGACGUGGUGCCCGCCUACGAGCACUAUGCCAACAGCGCCCUACCCGGCGAGCCCCGCAGGGUCCGGCCCACGCUGGCCGACCUGCACUCCUUCCUCAAGGGCUGCGGAGAUGAGCCGUCGGUCAGAGAACCCAAAGGAGGUUUCGGCCUCCUCAGGCCCGAGCACCUCGGAUGUGAAGGCCUGGCUCCAGCCCCGGCUCGCCAGGAAGGCAGCCACCUGCAUGCCCUGGCCUCGGACAGCCGGCCCAGCAGCGAGAUGACCGAUGGGUUGGUGGAGGAGGAGGAGGCAGGUGCCGAUGGCAAGAAGGAGCCUGGGGAGCCUGUGCGCUUCGGCUGGGUCAAGGGCGUGAUGAUCCGCUGCAUGCUCAACAUCUGGGGGGUGAUUCUCUACCUGCGGCUCCCCUGGAUCACUGCCCAGGCUGGCAUAGUCCUCACCUGGGUCAUCAUCCUACUCUCCGUCAUGGUCACCUCCAUCACUGGCCUCUCCAUCUCCGCCAUCUCCACCAAUGGCAAGGUCAAGUCAGGUGGCACCUACUUCCUCAUCUCCCGGAGUCUCGGCCCCGAGCUGGGGGGCUCCAUCGGCCUCAUCUUCGCCUUUGCCAAUGCUGUGGCUGUGGCCAUGCACACCGUGGGCUUCGCAGAGACCGUGCGGGACUUGCUGCAGGAGUACGGCACGCCCAUCGUGGACCCCACCAAUGACAUCCGCAUCAUCGGCGUGGUCACCGUCACCGUGCUGCUGGCCAUCUCCCUGGCCGGCAUGGAGUGGGAGUCCAAGGCCCAGGUGCUGUUCUUCCUCAUCAUCAUGGUCUCCUUUGCCAACUACCUGGUUGGGACCCUGAUCCCACCGUCUGAGGACAAGGCUUCCAAAGGCUUCUUCAGCUACAGAGGGGACAUUUUUGUCCAGAACUUGGUGCCCGACUGGCGAGGCAUGGAUGGCAGCUUCUUUGGGAUGUUCUCCAUUUUCUUCCCUUCAGCCACAGGCAUCUUGGCAGGGGCCAACAUCUCUGGGGACCUCAAGGACCCCGAGGUAGCCAUCCCCAAGGGAACACUCAUGGCCAUUUUCUGGACUACUGUCUCCUACCUGGCCAUCUCCGCCACUAUUGGCUCCUGCAUGGUCCGAGAUGCUUCGGGGGGCUUAAAUGACACAGUGACCCCCGGCGCGGGUGCCUGCGAGGGCCUGGCCUGCGGCUACGGCUGGAACUUCACCGAGUGCGCCCAGCAGCACAGCUGCCGCUUUGGGCUCAUCAACUAUUACCAGACCAUGAGCAUGGUGUCAGGCUUCGCGCCCCUGAUCACCGCUGGCAUCUUUGGGGCCACCCUGUCCUCCGCCCUGGCCUGUCUCGUCUCUGCCGCUAAAGUCUUCCAGUGCCUGUGUGAAGACCAGCUGUACCCGCUGAUCGACUUCUUCGGCAAAGGCUAUGGCAAGAACAGGGAGCCCGUGCGCAGCUACCUGCUGGCCUACGCCAUUGCUGUGGCCUUCAUCAUCAUUGCUGAGCUCAACACCAUCGCCCCCAUCAUUUCCAACUUCUUCCUGUGCUCCUACGCCCUCAUCAACUUCAGCUGCUUCCAUGCCUCCAUCACAAACUCGCCAGGCUGGAGACCCUCAUUCCGGUACUACAGCAAGUGGGCAGCACUGUUCGGGGCGGUGGUCUCCGUGGUCAUCAUGUUCCUGCUGACGUGGUGGGCGGCUCUCAUUGCCAUCGCCGUGGUCAUCUUCCUCCUGCUCUAUGUGCUCUACAAGAAGCCAGAGGUGAACUGGGGCUCCUCCGUGCAAGCCGGCUCCUACAACCUGGCCCUGAGCCACUCGGUGGGCCUCAACGAGGUGGAAGAGCACAUCAAGAACUACCGCCCCCAGUGCUUGGUGCUCACUGGGCCCCCCAACUUCCGUCCAGCGCUGGUGGACUUUGUGGGCACCUUCACCAGGAACCUCAGCCUGAUGAUCUGUGGUCACGUGCUCGUUGGACCCCGAAAACAGAGGCUGCCGGAGCUCCGGCUCAUUGCCAACGGACACACCAAGUGGCUGAACAAGAGGAAGAUCAAGGCCUUCUACUCGGACGUCAUCGCUGAGGACCUGCGCAGCGGGGUGCAGAUUCUCAUGCAGGCCACAGGUCUGGGGAGAAUGAAACCCAACAUCUUGGUGCUUGGCUUCAAGAAGAACUGGCAGUCGGCUCACCCGGCAACCUUGGAGGAUUACAUUGGCAUCCUGCACGAUGCCUUUGACUUCAACUACGGCGUGUGUGUCCUGCGGAUGCGAGAGGGUCUCAACAUCUCCGAGGUGAUGCAGGCACACAUUAACCCCGUGUUCGACCCCGCUGAGGACAGCAAAGAAGCCAGAGCCAACGGGGCCAGGCAUUCAGUCUCAGCCACAAUGGCCCCCCAGGCCCUGGUGCGGGAGGAGCAGGCCAGCACCAUCUUCCAGUCGGAGCAGGGCAGGAAGACCAUCGACAUCUACUGGCUCUUCGACGACGGAGGCCUCACCCUCCUCAUCCCUUACCUCCUCGGCCGCAAGAAGAGGUGGGGCAAGUGCAGGAUCCGCGUGUUUGUCGGUGGCCAGAUCAACAGAAUGGACCAGGAGCGGAAGGCGAUCAUCUCUCUGCUGAGCAAGUUCCGGCUGGGAUUCCACGAGGUCCACGUCCUUCCUGACAUCAACCAGAAGCCCCGGGCCGAGCACACCAAGCGGUUUGAAGACAUGAUUGCGCCGUUCCGCCUGAACGAUGGUUUCAAAGAUGAGGCCACUGUCGCCGAGCUGAGACGGGACUGCCCCUGGAAGGUCUCGGACGAGGAGAUCCACAAGAAUAGGACCAAGUCCCUUCGGCAGGUGAGGCUGAACGAGAUCCUGCUGGAUUACUCCCGAGACGCGGCCCUCGUUGUCAUAACCUUGCCCAUCGGGAGGAAGGGGAAGUGUCCGAGCUCGCUGUACAUGGCUUGGCUGGAGACCUUGUCCCAGGACCUCAGACCCCCCGUCAUCCUGGUCAGAGGAAACCAGGAAAACGUGCUCACCUUUUACUGCCAGUAGCCGCAGGCUCGGCCCUCCAUGCCCAAGGCCAAAGGAUGUGGAAACAGAAACUGCCCCUCCACCCCCUGGACAGGACUCGCCCUCGGGGGCACUUGGAGGGUUGGCAUUGGAUGGUCCAAGUGAAGAAACAGGCAAUUCCCAAUUGAUGGCCACACCGCAUUUGCAGGAACCCCCCGAGCAGCGCAGUCCUUCUUAAAGUCUGCUGAUCUUGACCGCAA